CAGGCAAAGUGUAUCAUAUAGUAUCAGUUUUAAUCGAGUUUUUAAAUAGCGCGGAUACAAAGAUUUCUUCUUAAAAAAAAAGUUGCUCUUACAUUUCAAGAUUUUUCCAUAGUUCAAUAAGAAAACAAAAACAAAGUCUUGUUGUUUACGUAUUAUUUAGUUUUUAUUAAUAAAAAAAAUAUUAUUGUAAGAAAAAGAGAAAAUUAAAAACAUUUAACCGUAUGUGAUAAUGCGCACAUCUGACUCCAUCAGUGAUACAGACCACGAAGAAACAAGUUUCACAAAAUCUUCAGGAUGGAAAAUUCGUUCUUCAAAAUUGGCGCGAAAUACUCACAACCGAAUUCGGGAAAUAGUUGAGUCCUUGAAAAUUGAACCAAAUCCUGAAAAACCAAUGAUUCCGUUGUCUAUUGGUGAUCCAACAAUUUUCGGAAAUUUGGAGGCUUCAGUUGAAACAAUAAACGCCGUUAAAUGCGCUAUUGAAAGUGGAAAAUAUAAUGGAUAUGCACAUACCGCUGGGCAUGAAGAAGCCCGUAAAGCUAUUGUAGAGUAUGUUGCCCACCAAGGACCUGUAACUCCUAAUGACAUCAUUAUUUGUAGCGGAUGCUCUUCAGCAUUAGAAAUAUGCAUACUAACACUAGCAGAUGAAGGCCAAAACAUUCUGGUUCCUAGGCCAGGUUUUUGCUUGUAUAAUACACUCUGCGAAGGAUUGGGAAUUGAAGUUCGUUACUAUAAUCUACUCCCUGAAAAAGAAUGGGAAGCAGACCUCGAACAAAUGGAAAGCUUAAUUGAUAACAAUACUGCUUCCAUUUUGAUAAAUAAUCCUAGUAACCCUUGUGGAAGUGUAUUUUCUAAAACCCAUUUACAAAAAAUACUUAAAUUAGCAGGAAAAUAUUAUUUGCCAAUUAUUGCAGACGAGAUCUAUGAACACUUUGUUUUUACUGGUUCAAAACAUAUUGCGAUUAGCUCUCUAUCAAAAGAUGUGCCGAUUUUGUCAUGUGGCGGUCUUACAAAACGAUUUCUUGUUCCUGGUUGGAGGACAGGCUGGAUAGUAAUACACGACCGUGAUAACCGAUUGAGUGAUAUAACAAAAGGUUUGAAACAAAUGGCAGCACGUAUACUUGGAUCCAAUACAUUGGUUCAAGGUGCUCUGCCGGAUAUUCUGCGCAAUACACCUCAGAGCUAUUUUGAUGGUGUUCUUGAUAUUUUGUCGCAAAACGCAAAGAGUGCAUACGAUGCUCUGAAAGAUGUUGCUGGAUUGAAACCAAUUCUACCUAGAGGUGCUAUGUACAUGAUGGUAGGAAUUGAUAUAGCAUCAUUUCCAUCGUUUCCAAAUGAUCUAGAAUUUGUGCAAGAUCUCGUUAAUGAGCAGAGUGUAUUCUGCUUGCCAGGAAGCUGUUUCGAGUAUCCAAAUUAUUUUCGAAUUGUACUUACAGUACCUUAUGAAAUGAUUGAAGAGGCUUGUUCCAGAAUAUCUGAAUUUUGUGAAAAGCAUUACAAAAAUGAUGAAAAUUUAAUUAAGUGCGAUUUUCUUCAGCCAGUUAGUAGCUAAGAACUUUACAUGUAUGUGAACUUCAAAUUUAAUAAAAAAAUCUGUCGCAAUAAUUUCAAUUUUAUUUCAUC